UACAAUGCAUUUUGUUAUUCUUUGUUUGUUUAUUUAUUAAACAAAAAGAAAACAGAUUUGUUUUUGUUUUUUAAAAACAAAAACACAAAAAACACCCACCCACAACAACAACCUCCAUCACCUCCACAACAGCAUUGUUAAGAAGAGACUGAAAACAAAACCAAAUUCCCCACAUACCAAUCCAAACCACUCUCGAUCGAAAUCUCAAAUCGCCGAUAAAGUUAGUGAAUGCAAAUUGUUUUCAGAAAACAAUUUUCUGUUCUCUGAAAGUAAAAGUUUGGACUGCGUGUCGGUUUCUCAUUGUUGAAAUUACUUGAUUUUGUUUUCUUAUUUGGUUUGUCUGGUUUCCUGCAUUGGAAUUGGGGCUGAUAAUAUAGUGAUCAUGAGAUACAAGAAAGGGAGCAUUGUCGAGGUCCUGAGCAAGAAUGAGGUGCCAUCAGGCUCAUGGCGUUGUGCUGAGAUAAUCUGUGGUAAUGGGCACAACUACACUGUUAGAUACGAGAUGGACCCUGGUGCUACAGAUGAGGCGAUUGUUGAAAGGGUAUCUAGGAAGUCGAUUAGGCCCUGUCCUCCUCCAGUGAAACUAUCGGAGAAUUGUGUUCCUGGUGAUGUUGUAGAGGUGUUUCAGAAUUUUUCUUGGAAGAUGGCAACUGUUUCUAAGGUUUUGGGUAGGAAUUGCUUUUUGGUUAGGUUACUUGGAUCCUCCCAUGAAUUCAAAGUCAGUAAAGUUGACCUCCGGGUGCGACAAUCUUGGCAGGGUGGCAAAUGGUUCGUGAUUGGAAAGGGUGUUGGAAACUGUGAAGAUGGGAAAUGCAGUGAACGGUCAACUCUGAAAUACAAUCAAUUGAGUUCCCAAGUUAAGAAAACAAAUAGAGGGAUGAAUUUCCCUGUAAAUAAGGAGCUUUGUGCUGCUAAGAGCAAUAACAAUUUCCAAGAAUCACAUAUUGUUUCCUCCAGAACUCUGAAGAGAGGAUUGCCCGAUUGUUAUUCUCAAGUUGAUGCACCUGCAAGAACUUCCCAGAAGUUUAGAGUAAUUGCGAAAGAGGGGAUGAAGUAGGAAGUUUGCACACCUUGCUUUGGGGUUUGCCACUUUCUCUUGCUGCAGACAAGUGUUCAUUCUCAGCAUCGAACCAACAACAAAUAGGAGAGCUUAUGAUGAGCUACUGGGAUUGCAUGUCAAGCCAGCCGCUAGUAGAUUUUCUGCGUGAGCAGUUGAACACAGUGUUUGGCACCAUCUAUUUCUGGUGUUGAGGGAUGUGACGACAUGACCAUGAUCUUGGUGCAGUUCAAGAAACCCCAUGAGUCUGCUGCUGCUGCUGAUGCAGAUGAGAAAUCCUUGACUUCUGAUCAUGGAAAUCAGUCUGCUACUGCAGCUGCAGAUGAGAAAUCCUCAACUUCUAACCCAGCCGAUACUGAAUUGAAACCAGCGGAAACUGAGUCAAGCCCGUGACAAGUUUAUCAAUGUGUCAUCAGAUUGCGUUGGCGCGAGCUGUAGUUCCAAGGAUAUUCAACAAUCCUUGGUUGUCUCUGUAACUGAAGACAGAUUGGCUGGUAAAGAUGGGCCGGUUACAAAUUUACGAUUGAGAUUCACUGUGUGGUGUGUUUUUUUCCUUUUUCUAUACGAUAUUAUAAUUGCAAGUAACUUGUACAAAAUAGAUCUGGAUCAAAGUUGUUCAACUGUCAUCUAGUUUAGCAGUCUAUAUUAGCUUGAUAAUGGUUUUGAUA